AGGUUUGGGUUUGGUGAACCCAAACAAAUCUAAACGGCAAAAAUUCCCUUUUUCCGUUUCUCUUUCCUUUUCCUUUCCUUUGCCUUCUGCAAAACCUUAUACUUUUCUCAGCUACUGGGGGUUCGAAACAUAGUAGCUGUUGGGUUCAAACCCAGCCAAAUUCAAUGAUAAUUGGCGGCGCCAGCAUGGGAUUAAGAAUGGAUUGGCACCGGACAUGCCUCUGGAAUCAACGAAGAUGGAUAAAACAGGAACGACAGAGCCAACAAAUCUUGACCCAGAAACAGUUGUGAAAUCCUCAAGAACGGAGAUUCAGCACUUGUGCGAAACAAUGUUCAACAAGGGUCUCCGGAGGUACAUCGCCACGCAUUUAUUCGACAUCCUGAAGCUUCGGGAAAGUACUUGCGGCUCUAAAGCUCACCUCAAAGCCGGUAAAACUGGUUUUGCAUUGCAUUGGGAGGUUUUUUCUGCUGGCCAAGUUGAUAUUGAACAGGGUUUGAAGGAAGAGGCAGAGAUGGAUGGGAGCAAUUGCAUGGAAGAAGAGGUUGAUUAGUAAAGGUGGGUUAGGUAAGGCGAGUGAGAUUGAUGCCAGAGGUUUCGUUUCUCUUUCCUCUUCCUUUCCUUAUACUUUUCAUCGAAGAAGGGGAAGAUGAUUGGAGAUGAGAGAGAAGUGAUAUGUUCAAUCGAACCCAGCAAACCUGCAGC